AUGACUCAUUCAAGUGAGCACCACCAUAAGGCUGAACAGGAACAGAAUGGAAGAGGAAAUAGGACAACGGAGGCAGUAAAUCCCCAAAAGAUGAAAUUGGUUACCAAACUACUCAUUGAUAAUAAGUUUGGACUGAUGGACGACUUAAAUUUCAGUAGACCAUUAACAGCUUCUUCUGAAGGUGUACCAAUAUCCACAAAGACAUCAGAAUUGGGUACUGAAUACCUCAAGAAUCAACAAGAAAAUUCAGUGAGCCCGGUACCUACUAUACCAAGAAGUACAAGGAUAAAAGCAGACAGGGUGAGAAUAUACUUGGACUAUUAUUAUAGUAUAUUAGAACGUUGCAUUUCAAUCGAUAGCUCCCAGAAUCACCAUGAAGGUGUUGAAGGAGUGUACAACCCAUUGCAAGUAAUUAGAAAUCGCAAAUUAAAGAAGAAGCACCAUGAAUUGGCCACCAGAGAAUUUUACACUACGAAACAUCCCAUCAUUGCCAUCAAACAGUUUUCUACAAAGCCCAAUAAGAAAAUGCCGUGGUUUGUGGAUAUAAACGAGAAGUAUAUGGAUUUGACCUGGAGGACUUCGCAUUGGGAAGAAUUAGUGGAUCCUCAAGGCAAGCUUUGGUUCCAGUCUUACAGCUCUUCCACAGAAUCCAGUGGAUCCACAUCAUCGCGCCAACGUCACAGUCAUCAUAUUCGUCAUAGAAGUCGCUUAAGACACCACUCUAGAAUCCGCACAACUAAUUCAGUACAUUCAAAAACUCAAUCAUUAACACCGAAAAGGGUUUUAACCGAUGAAGAAGACAAGAGUAACCAUAACAAAACUAAUACCGUAAUGAAGAUUAAAACCACUCCAGAAGCCCGGAUUUCAAAUAACAAGAGAUCCGAUCUAAAUUUAAGUCAUAUUCAUUUAGAAGUACCAAUAACUAAUAUGAUUACCAAUACUUCAUCAGAUCAAGGAUCAUUAAUACUCGAAGUUAAGGGCAGUGGUCAUGGAAGUGGUCGUCGUGGAAGUAGCAACACUAGUGGAAGUGGUGGUAAUAGAAAUUCUAAACAUUAUCGCUCGAAAUCAGCGAGCUCUUCGGAAAAUGAGAAAUCAAGAAUGACUGGCCUUGAAAAAAUAAUUAGUAAAACAUCGAAAGGAUGGUCAAGAUCACCCAAAAAAAAUAUGCCUGCCCUUGAAAAGCAGGUUCUUCUGACACCUGCUAUUAGCAAUGGAGCCUCCAGUAGAAGAAGCAGUAAUAACGAAUCAAGUAUCAGUACAAACAGCAGUAAAAGUAGCAUGGGAGUUACUUUCGGAAAUACGGAAAGUUACAAAACACCAGUCGAUAAUGGCAAAGAUGCUAUUACACGGCAAAGUUUACUAAGUGACGUGCCGGUUCAUACCUUAAGGGGGAAAAACAGUACCAAUUCAUUACGAGAAGAAAGUAAACAAGUUUUUGACAGUGACCAGGAACUACCGAGUGGAGUUGGCAGCAUUCAUGAAGGCGUGCACAGGGAAAAUACCACAAGCCAUGAUAGCGAACCCGUGAAGAUGGUAAGCGAUUCCUUACAGGUGGACGAACAGUUGCAAAAAUACUGGCAUGAUACCAGGUAUAUUAUGAGCACUGUGGCUAUGAUGCAGCAUAGAAGAGAGACACAUGAUAUAGUCAAAAGAAGAGAAAUUGUACGUAGAAAUGAAAUUGAGAUCACCGAGGAUGCAGACACAAAUAUUAGGAAGACUGCAGAUGCAUUGAGCGAAUAUGAUAAUGAAUUGAAUAAAGUUUUGAAGCUAGGUAAUGAUUGGACAUCAAAGCUUUUAAACGAUUAUUCAAUUCGUGUAGAAACAUUGAUUUCAUCGAGUGACAGAAUCCUUAGUGAUAUAAAUACAACUUUGACAUUAAAGUUAAAAAUGUUUCAAGAGAAUACAGAAAGGUAUGUUACAGUGAAAGUGAUGAGAGCCCAAAAGAUGACUAAAACCAUAUAUCGACUUCUGGAAUUUGGCAUUGUUUUAAUACUCUGGACGAUUUGGCUUUUCUUCAGUGUCUUGAAAAGCGUUCGAUUCACCAUUUGUUUAGCCUUAAAAAUCAUCAAGGCAUUUUUAUGGUAA